GAGAGAGAGCGAGCGAGAGGAGGAGGAGAGAGAUGAGUAGGUAGGGCAUUUUGAAAGCGGCGAGCGUAUGGAUGGUGAGAGAGAGAGAGAGAAGAAGACAGAGGAAAAGAAGAGACGGUCUCUAAGCAAGAUGCACGGCACUACACCUGACAACAUCUGAAUUCAUUGCAGCAGGCAAAAGAGAGAGGAAAGAUUCAUCCAUCCAUCCACACGGGAUGUCUUCUGUGAUCUGUCCUGGCAUGGCUUUACUGGGAAAUAUAUGGGCUUCCAGGUCACUGACUUAUACGAGCCGGGGCGAGACACUACUGAGAAUGGAGCUGCUGUUCUGAAGGUACAAACAUACAACGCAGUGCACAGAAAACCCACAGCUACCGGCCUGACAACCACCUUCCCUUUGGAAAACUAUGACCUUGUGAUUACUGUGUACUUUGGUCUGCCUGUUGUAGCAGCAUUAGGUGGGAGUCUGUUUUACUCAGGUGGAAUACAAGGGACCCAGUUGAACUCAACUGCACUUGUUGACGUUGAGGAGAGAAUGUCAGUCUUGACCCGUCACACCACUGGAAAUGCACUUUUUGUCUUGGAAUACACACUGAAAGCCAAAGAUGGGACGUGCCGCUGUCCCUGAUCGAUUUUGCGAGAUCUGUUUGGCCAACACAAAAGACAAAAGGCUGAAUACAACACAGCUUUCAUGUCAGGACCACGUGGAUGUUACAAUGCACAAACCCUUCCCACGCUCUGAAAAGGAAAAGCAGAGAGCGUUUUCAUCUCCCACAACCUCCCACAGAAAUCUAGGGAUGCGAGGCGAUGAGUUAUGAGACGUUUGGACGUUGCUGAAUCGACUCUACAGAGAGGUGUUUAAGGAAACCGAAGGGUAUCCUCGCUUAACGGGACUGUACCAUGCCAAGGCUGAGGUCUGAUGCAUGUGUUCACUCUUAGCUCGAAUCACAGCAAAUUAAAGAAACCUACAAAGUCCACGACAGAGGAGAUACAUAACGGAAUGUGUACAUAGGGGUAAAGGACACCAUUGAGAUAAAGAGGUGCUGCAGUAUGGUUGGCGCUUAUGAAAUCCUGCCAACACAACAGCGCUUGGGACGCAGUUGUUAAAGUAGCUCCUACUGAGGGAGGGGAGAAUGCAUACCCCUCCUGUGCUGGGAUUCAAGGCCAUCAUGAGCAACGUCACUGUCCUCGAUAACUUAGAACCCUUUGACUUCGACAUGGACCUGGAGACUCCUUACCCUGUCAGUUUCCAGGUGUCUUUAACCGGUUUCCUCAUGUUGGAGAUCGUGCUGGGUCUCAGCAGCAACCUGACUGUUCUGGCUCUCUACUGCAUGAAGUCCAACUUGGUGAGUUCCGUCAGCAACAUCGUAACCAUGAAUCUGCACGUGUUGGAUGUGUUGGUGUGCGUGGGCUGCAUACCGCUAACGAUUGUUGUGGUGUUGUUGCCACUGGAAGGCAACAAUGCACUAAUCUGCUGCUUCCAUGAGGCCUGCGUGUCUUUUGCUAGCGUUGCCACCGCUGCCAACGUCCUGGCCAUCACACUGGAUCGAUACGACAUCUCAGUACGGCCUGCAAAUCGAGUACUCACGAUGGGACGAGCGGUGGCCAUGCUUGGGUCCAUUUGGGCUCUAUCGUUCCUAAGCUUUCUGGUGCCCUUCAUAGAGGAGGGUUUCUUUAGCCAGACGGGUAAUGAAAGGAACCAGACUGAGGGUGAAGAACCUUCAAACCAAUACUACACUGAACUGGGCCUGUACUAUCACCUGCUGGCACAGAUUCCCAUCUUCUUCUUUACCGCUGUGGUCAUGCUGAUUACCUACUACAAGAUUCUGCAGGCACUCAACAUCCGCAUCGGUACCCGUUUCCAUGCGGCACCCAAGAAAAAGCCAAGAAAGAAAAAGACCAUCUCCAUGACUUCCACUCAGCCAGAGUCCACAGAUGCCUCGCAGAGCAGCGCGGGCCGCAAUCCACCGCUGGCCAUGCGCACAUCUGUGUCAGUGAUCAUCGCUCUCCGCAGGGCUGUUAAACGGCACAGGGAAAGGCGCGAGCGACAGAAGAGGGUCUUCCGAAUGUCUCUUCUCAUCAUCUCCACUUUCCUGCUCUGUUGGACACCUAUCACUGUGCUCAACACGGUCAUCCUGAGCACUGGGCCCAGCAACUUCACCGUACGCCUCAGACUGGGCUUCCUGGUCAUGGCUUACGGAACCACCAUCUUUCACCCGCUACUGUAUGCCUUCACUCGACAGAAAUUUCAGAAGGUUCUUAAGAGCAAAAUGAAGAAGCGUGUUGUAUCGGUAGUAGAGGCAGACCCUAUGCCCAAUAACGUGGUCAUCCACAACUCAUGGAUUGACCCGAAAAGAAACAAAAAGGUGACCUUUGAGGAGACAGAAGUCAGGCAAAAAUGCCUUUCGUCAGAGGAAAUAGAAUGAGAGACUCUGGUGGAAAAUAUCCUCAUCAGGUACAAAACCAUGAAAAAGGGAAACCACUAAUCCAAAGCAGUAAUGAAUUUAAGUGUAUUAAUUGUACAGUAUGUCAAGAUAAAUAAUUUAUUACUAUUUAUUGUGACGGUGAUUUGGUGUCGUAGAUGGUAAGGUGUAAAUACUGCACGUGUUUAGUUGAAGUAGUCCUGGACAUUGUACAUAUCUGAGUAAUGUACAGUAUAAACCUCGAGUGUACAGAACUAGAUGCUUCUGGUUUUGUUCAUUUCUAUUAAAUACCCUUUUAAAUGGCUCUUCUACGGUCAACACGACCCAGACUUAAUUAACUUAACAGUAACACAAUUUUCAGGAGUGUUUUUUCUCUAUGUCUGGCCACUUGGCGUUUCAACCACCAAGCCUCUCACCAGAGGAAAAUAACACAAAUGAAAUGUUUAGAAUUCAAAUGAUGUGACCCAUUAAGAGGAUAUCUACUAUCUGCUCUUGACCCUGAAACAGAAGGCUAGCUAUAUUACUCUUCAGGUCAACAAGUCACAGGACAGAGUUGUUGAAACGUAAUCUGGUUCCCUUCAACAUCACACUCCCAAUAUAAUCAUGUCUGUAAAGGGGUGAGGGAGGUGGUUCACAUCAUGUCCAAUGAAAUUGCUGGGGGCUGAAGUGGUUAUGGACGGUCAAUGAGAGGGUGUUGAAUCCUUGACCUUAUGAGACUCAUUGAGCUAAUGGGGUUUGAUUAUAGAUCUUUCUGUACCAUGUGGCAAGCUAGAAAAAAAAAUCACCUCUUGCACUCCAACAGCGGAACGCUGAGAUCAUGCCAAGACUGUCAAGCUACUGCACACAGAAAAUAAAGAAUACAACAUUAUGAAAAACUGAUUUCAUGGGUUGGUU